AUUAGUAAACGAAGUAUUUCUAGAAAUUACGACUCGGAUUCAACCGGUUAUGGCUCAUCGUCCGACACUUCCAGUCCACUGACCGGAUCACAGUUCAUUCUCAGACCGGUUACCGUACUGAGUUCAUAUUCGAAUCAUUCGGCAUGCGAAAAGGUGAGCGGACACUUUGUAGAGAGAAAGUCAAGUGGUUAUGAGAAGAUUAUAGAAGUCAUCACAACUCAAGAGAAGGAGGAAAGGAAAAAGNGGCUUACGAGUCUUUGCGAGGUUGUCAGUUUUCUGAGUUGCUUUAUGAACUAA